UCCAAUGUCGCUCAAGGUCAAUCUAAUGUCAUACAUUUAUUAGAUCUAGAUGUAAACAAGACUUACAACUUCGGCUAAGCUUUACAGUGCAGUGUUACCAACAGAAUGGCAAGCAAGGACACAGUAAAACUAACUACAUUUCAUAGGUCUAAAUAUAUAUGCAGCAUUUCUCCAUUUGGAAUUAAACUUGAGACUUGGAUGAGACUGGCUAAAAUACCAUAUGAAACAGAAUAUGCAUGGAGUCCAAGAGCCAACAAGCAGACACAUCAGAUACCAUUUGUAACUGUCAACGGAGAACAGAUAAAUGAUUCCAAUAACAUUAUCAGGUAUUUAAGCAAGCACUUUAAGGUGAACACAGAUGAAUAUCUGACCAAGGAACAAAAGGUGAUCUCACAUACAUUUCAGAGAACUCUUGAUGAGCAUACAUGUUGGUCCAUGUUCUAUUAUCGCUAUGCAGAACAUCCAGAACUAUUUGUGGGAAGACAUGAUCUAUUUCCAAUCCACUGGUUGAUGACAUAUAUUCCAGGGAUAAAGUAUCUGCUCAAUUAUAAAAUGAGUAGUGGGUAUGACCAUGGGGCAAAAGCACAGGGAAUAGGAAGAAAACCAACGAGUGAAAUCUACCGUCUUGGUAUGGAGGACCUGAAGGCAUUGUCAGAAUAUUUAGGGGACAAGAAAUAUAUGUUUGGAGAUAAACCAUCUAAGAUUGAUUGUACUAUGUUUGGAGUACUUUCUCAACUAGUGUAUGUGCCUAUACCAUCUUACCCACAUAAGAUUAUGAUUGAAAAUGAAUGCAGAAACUUAAUUGAGCAUGCUGAUAGGAUGAAAGCACUGUUAUGGCCAGAUUGGAACUCUCUAUGUGAAACCAAUACAUUUGAAACAAUGGAAAAUACUGAAUGAUCAUAAGCAUAUAACACCGUGGGCUUUCAGAAAAUAAGCAUGUAUGAAUCAACUGAUCAGCAGAUCAACAAACUGUGAUACCCUGGAUCAACAAGCCACAUUACACUCUGACUUUACGGUCCGGUGGUAGUUAACAGGAAAUGACAAAACAAAAAAUGAACAUAGCCUAAUUAAAGCAGAUAUUAGAAUGAUGGCUACCCUUUCAAAUAGUUUACAUUGAAAGGGUACUCUACCCUCAGAGUAAAUGAUAGAAUCCAUAUAGUACUUACAAUCAGCUUUUACUCCAUUACUCCUGCUUGUUCUUUUUACUAGUAAACUGAAAAACACCAGAACAGUAAUUGCAAUUGUAUGUUUACUUAACAUUAGACUGGCAUUCAGAAGAGGAUCACUUUAUUUUAAAUUGUUAAAAGUAAAAGCUAGCCUCUAAUAUACAAUUGUUGACCGCUAAUCAACUAAUCAGAAUCGAGUAUUUCAAUUGAG